UUUUCGACAAAACAUUUUGAAUUUUACAUAAUUCCCUUGGAGAUAUAAACCUAUCUAUAAACAUGCAUUAAAAGAUUCCCUUAAACGCGUUAUUGGUCUUCAACUAGACAUUUUAAAUACAACCUCACCCUUUCUGCACUUCAAAGAAUCAGCUAUACUUCUAAAACCAGAGCAAAGAACAACAGUACUGAUCAAAGUGAAAGAGAUGAGCUGGGGCCUUUUCACAGUUCCACCAGGAUACCGAUUACGUCCCACCGACGAGGAGCUGCUGAGUGACUUGGAGAAGCAGAAUCAGGGCAAGGACUCCCAAAUCAUGUCCAUCAUCCCUGAAAUCGAGGUGUGCAAGCACGAGCCUCGUGAGCUACCAGAACUGGCGUUUAGAAGGCGGCAAAAUCUGGGGAGGAAGCUCUUCUUUUUCUUCUUCUUUUGGUUUACAAGGGCAGAGUCUUGGUAUAGUCAGGGCAAGUGGUACUUCUUCGCUCCGCGUGAAUACAAGUACCCUAAGAGUAAUCGCUCCAACAGGACUACAGGGGAAGGGUCCUGGAAGGUCACAAGCAAGGACCGAGACAUCAAGGCGCCGGGCACCAAAGCUGUGAUUGGGAGAAAGAGGACCUUGACCUUCUACAUUAAACGUGGAGUGCUGAAACCCCAGAAGACCGGCUGGGUCAUUCAUGAGUAUUAUCUCACUCGGGCAAAUUCUGAUGAGCAGAUAGGGGACUUUGUUGUCUGUUGCUUGAAGUACAAGUCAGACAACUCUGAUCAUCAUGAGGAUGCCCCAUUCUUCUAUCGCGGUAGCGGUAGCGGUAGCUGCAGUAUGGUCUCCAAUGUUGCAAAUCAGGCUGAAGAAAAUUUGGCAUCCAAUGAGCAGGUUAAUGUUGUUCCAAUUCCCAAUGGCAAUGAUGGAGAAUCUGAAACUGGUGGUGGUAGGAUUACUGAAGCAGAAGAACGUCUGGCAUUUAAGAAGCUGGGAGAUGCUCUUCAGAUUCCCAUUGGAAAUCAGCAUGAAGUCCCAGGCUUGCAAAUUGAUCCUUGUAAUCUUUCGACCUCUGUUGAAGGUCAAGCUGAUAGAAUUAAUUCAUCUGAUAUGAAUGAAGAGCUACUAAAUGAUCCAGAAAAUAUGGAUUCGUUGUUUCAUCUACCCGCGGCACCUCUACUGCAUCAGCUACAUCAGUCACCAAUGUAUACCACCAAUGUCCAUAAUGAUGAAUACCGUAAGAGGAAAUAUCCAUUUGAGGAUAAUCACUCUUCUCAUACGAAGAAGAACAAUAUUUCAAACAUUGAUGGUGGUGAACUAGUUAGCAACAGCACAUCUAAUUCUGAAAAUCAAGCUGCAGAUGUGAUUCCAGAGGGAUAUUCUCAACCAGGAGCAAAUCUGGGAUCUGAUUUUGAUUCAUAUCCGAAGCAGGCCCAGGGUGACUUUGUUAUUUGUCGCGGGUGUGUGAUGAAGAAUAAAUCAGAUAAGAAGGAUUCUUUGGUCAGUGAUGAAGGGGAACCGGAUAGUGCGGAUGUGUCUUAUUGGAAAAUUCAAGCGGCACACAAAAAUGAUGAACCACUUCUUCAUCAAGCUCAGCCUCUGGAUGACAGCUGCUCCUCUGCAGUGCGGUCAUCAGCAUCCCUAGAGCUGGAAGCUGUUCUGCAAGCCAAUGGCACUAAUGAUGAUUGUAACAAGUCGCAAUCACCAUUUGGAGAUAUUAAUUCUUGUCCAGAAGACAAGAAUGAAGUUUCAACCUGUGAUGAAAAUGAGAGUAUGGAUGGUGUGUUUGCACAGCUAUGUGACCCACCGGAAGUAAAUCUAGAUUCACUCUUUUGUUCACUUCAGCCACAAGAUGACGGCCUCUCCAUACCGCAGUCACCAAUAUACACAAAGCUGGGAAAUGUUCCAGAUGCCAAUCUCUAUUUUGGUGAAUGCAAUAAUUGGCAAUCUGCAUUUAAGAAAAACAUUUCAACCAAUGAAGUUGACAUACCAAUUAUCAUGUCUAAUUUUGAAAAUCAAGCUACAGAUUGUAGGGUUCCAGAGGUGCAUCGUCAAACCAAAGAAAAUAUGGAAUCAUCAUUUUAUCCUUUUCAGCCACAAGAUUCAGCACUGCAGUCAAUGAUGUAUCCAAUAUAUGGAGAUGCUCUACAUAAUAUUGAAUGCAAUGAGUUGCAAUCUUCGUUUGGGGACUAUGACUCCUCUCACAAAGUUGUAGAAUACAAGCAUUGCUGACCAGGAUUAUUACUCUUCUGAUCAAACAGCUCAGACUCCUUCCAUAGACUCCAACCUACCAAAGUCAUUGUGAAGGGUCUACCGUGGGGAUAGUAGAAUAAGCAGCGCGCUAUGAUACAAACACCGAAGUAGUCGAUGAAUGGGUCCAAUAUUCAUCUGCAUUAGCUAGAGGAAAUACCCUCCAAUGUAGCUAACGAACUCCAAGAGGUCUGAUAGUAUCCUCUAAUGAUACAAUGAUCUUCCAAGUAACACGAGCUUUUUUAGCAGUGCUAUUUGAUGGUUUAGUCUAUGCACUCGGGAUGUUAGAUAGGAUGGUCCCAGACCUCAUACAUGAUUGUGAAGAGAAUUGUCACUAAAUUAAUAGCUAGUUAGGGUACUAUUGAAGUAGUAGUUACAGUUACCAAAAUGUAAUAGUUGGUUGGUUGAUGGAGUGGUAGUUACAAAUGUGUGUGAUUGUUGUUGUUUAGAUUUUAGAACCUUGUAAGUAAUUUAUUAAGCUUAAUGGAAUCUUGUGUA